UUUUGUGUUAACGCUGAACAUUUGGUUUAGAGAUUAUAUACUGUUUGAAUAUAUUAUUUAUCAUUAUUAUUAUUUAUAUUUAUUUAUUCUAAGUGACGUAUUUUUUGUUUGUUGUUACGUCAGCUCGGACAUUACGUCAUAGCUAGCUUUUCCAGGUUUCACGUACCAUUUUAACAAAAGGUGUUUUGUUAAAACCGAGCUAAGCGAACUAAGCGGGAAGGUUUAAGCUGGCCAGUGAACGAUCAAUGUUAAUAUUCUACUGGAUAGCCACAAUCAUACUGCCUUGGUCUGUUCUCUGUUUCGGAUUGUGUUGGACCAUGUUAAGGCAAUAUAAUGAUAAUAACAAGCACCUCAGUGACGUCUAAACAAUACAAUCAUGUCUGCAAGACCGUCACACGUCUAGCUUGCAGGGAAGGAGAGAAUCAGUUUCUUAGGAAACUCAAUGCAGACUACCCGAAAGGAAAGAGCAAAGUAAAAUGGUGUGCAGUCUUAUUGAACAUAACACCAGGACAGGCUGUAAGAAGUGCUUGAUAACUCCAAGGUACACGGCAACACUUUAGCUCAUCCGUACGCCUAUAUAAUCAAAAGCAUUGAAUUGAAAAGACGUACGCCACGUCUUUGGGACGUUUGCAGCAGCUUCGAGGAGACAACAGACGAGCUCAUUAUCUGGGCGCUGGAAGCAGAUGAGAAUUGUAGAUAAGUUCAGACAAAAAUUAAUCAAUAAAACUAAUUAAGAGAUCCCAGCUACCUUGGAGCGACAUUGAUCCCACAAAAUGUCGAAGUGGCCAGAAAAUCUCCAAUGUCACGUCAAGGCAGUUUUGGUGAUAGCAGCGUUGACUUUCAACUCAGUUCAGAGCACAAUCAUCCCCAUCAAUGAUGAGCUAAAAGAGAUAAUAAUAGACAGACACAAUGACCUGAGGAGGCCGGUCAAGGCCAAUUACAUGAAUAAGUUGGGUUGGGACGAGAGUUUGGCACGCAAGGCUGAACAGUUUGUCUCAAAGUGUCGUUACGAGCGUCCGUCCCCUGAAGACUAUGACGCUGGAGUGAACAUGGGUAUAAGACGCCAAAGUAUUAGAGAGAGCGACUCGGACAAAACAGUUCGUUUUGUGGACAGCUGUGUUGACGGCUGGGCAAAGUCCCAGAACAACUACGCCUAUGGAUCUCACUGCAAUAAAUCCUGUCCCUAUGCUCAGAUGAUCGAGGCAGACUGCGAAAAUAUCGGAUGUGCCAUUGAAAACUGCGACAACAGAUUGUACCGUGAUGACCGCUGGAUUCCAGGUCAUUUUGCUUUCAUGGUCUGUUUAUACAACCCAUGGAAGAGUCUGACUAGCAAUGCCCCUUACCAGAGAAGUUAUUUCAACUAUUGCACUAGAUGCCCAGAGAACAGAGUCUGUGAAGAGAAUCUCUGUGCCCUUAGAGAGCAACCACCUCCACUUCAGCCCUCUCUAGAAGGUGCUCCUGUCAAACCAAGCGUCUAUGUCGAUAAAAAAGCUCAAAUCUGGUCCUCUAUAGGUGGUCGAUACAUGGAUCCUGGUAUUGAGAAACAGCUUCAACAGCCGCUCUAUGGAGGAAUUCGAUUCUACGAUCCGUGUCGAUUUGCAGCACCUCCACCACGCAUUUGUCCAGAAGUUGUCCACUGUAAAGAACCUCCAACUCCGCCAUUAGAUGUAUGUCCACCCGCGCCACCCUGUGAAUGUCCAUCUCCUAAACGUUGUAUCUGUCCAGAAGUGAAAGCAUGUGAAUGUCCAGCAGCUACUACCUGUAAAGAAGUUACAACUCCGCUCCCAUGUACACCCGCACCACCUUGUAAAUGUCCAUCUCCUAAACGUUGUGUAUGUCCAGAAGUGAAAGCAUGUGAAUGUCCAGCCGCUACUACCUGUCAAGAGUUUCCACCUCAGCAGCCUGUCAGAAGUCCAAUCUGUAAUCCAUGUGAAGAACGUCCGCCUCGAACCUUUUUCUCUUGUCCAAAGUCUGAAUCUUGUGAAGAUAGACUACCUCCUGUUCCGCCUCUAUUCCGCCCAGUCAAUGAUUUUGGCGACGCAUUGGACUCUUCUGAAAUGGCGACGUUACUCAAUUCCCAUAAUGAUCUUCGAAAAUCGAGAGGUCUUAAAGACUUGGUCUGGGAUGAAGGUUAUCUUUCCCAAUGGGUUCAAUACAUUAUCAAUUGCUACAGCAACUUUCCAGGACCUCGGGGGACAUGCACAAACUUUCAACGUUUACACCAGGGAGAAAGUGUUGCAAGUGUAUUGGCCAACUGGUCAAGAGAAGGAAGCACGAAUUUAUCACAGAUAAGGGGAUCAUCCGGCUGCAGGACAAAAAAUGACGAGGGUACAUGUAAUCAUUACCAAAAUUUGAUGCGAGCUGACACAGACGCCAUGGCCUGCGAAGCCAAGUUCUGUGGGGACGGCCGGCAGUUGGUUUGCCUUUACGCCGCCUCAGAAGAUUGUAACUGGCAGCAGGGGUCGCAAGAAUCACAAGUCCGCCCUGCUAGAACCUGGAGACCUAGGAACCCAAUCUACAAUAGGCAGUAUUGGAAUGAAAGAAAGUAGGCUUCAAAGGCUUUAAGAAUUAUCCGUUGAGAGAAAACAAAAAGGGAGAGAACAACCUCGUUGUGUUAAUGUUAAACUUUGGAAUAUUUUGACAUUUAAUCCAUUUAAAAAAAAUAUUUUUAUGCCUUUCCUUUUGCUUAAGGUCAGUCGACCCCCAGCUUGUUUAAGACUUAGAAUUUUGUACCAAUAUAUUUCAUUAGGGUUACACUUUAUUUUUUAUUGGGCAGCCAAUAUUGAACUUCCAUAUAAAUUUAUAUGCUAUAAAAUGGAAUAAGCAGUGUUCGUUAAUAGUUAUAUUGUAGUGUCGUUUAGUACUCUAGCGAUGGUAUUAUGUACUUUCAAGACAAAAUGUUUAAUUUAAUUAGUUUUUUUAUACCUUUGUGUGUCACUCUUGAAUCUAGUGGCAAUUAUUUUGGAAAUGUUACUUAUAGAACUGGCGUAUUCAAUUCUAAGUAUUUUAAACUCGCCUGCUUCAUUUUUAUUUUAGAUAAUUCCAAGUCAAAACUUUUUUUUUGCUGAAUUGUCUUACAUUUCUAUUUUCCUUUAUGUCUCCUUCGUUUGUAAAAGAAAAAUGAAUUAAAAACAAUAACAGUGAAAUGUAGACAAGAAAGCUUCGUUACUAAGAGCCUGACACAGUAUAACUGACCUCAUAUAUACUCAAGUACUGCUAACAAAGCAUAACUGACCUCAUACAUACUCAAGUACUGCUAACAAAGCAUAACUGACCUCAUAUGUACUCAAGUACUGCUAACAAAGCAUAACUGACCUCAUAUCAUGCUGGUAACUUAAGAUCUGUGGUGGGACUAGUGUGCGUGCAGUGGGGAGGUAGAUCAUGUUAAUCAAAACGUAGCUUCGGCUAGAACCUGGAGGGGUGCUAUUUAAAUUCCUUUACUUUGGUGGCUAGACUACUAUUCCAUUGUCUCUCAUUUCUAAUCUAUUGGAUAGGUAGACACCAGACAUCUUUUGUAGCUGAACCCCUCUUCAGUGGAUAGGUAGACAGCAGACAUCUUUUGUAGCUGAACCCCUCUUCAGUGGAUAGGUGGACACCAGACACCUUUUGUAGCUGAACCCCUCUUCAGUGGAUAGGUGGACACCAGACAUCUUUUGUAGCUGAACCCCUCUUCAGUGGAUAGGUGGACACCAGACAUCUUUUGUAGCUGAACCCCUCUUCAGUGGAUAGGUGGACACCAGACAUCUUUUGUAGCUGAACCCCUCUUCAGUGUACUAUUGUUACCUCCUAGUGGUCAAUGAAUUCUAUAUGUGUAUCAUGAGUCAUAAUGGUAGGUUUUGUUUAAGGACAAAAAAAAAUUCUAGACAAUAGAAGCCUGUCCAACUUGACACUCUUGGGUAUAACCUUCACCAUCACUUAUCCCAUAGUGUUUCUGACCAUUGGAGCCCCGAACAUUUUCUGUUGACCAUCUGUCUUCAUUCCUCUCUAUUUCCAACAAAAGAGUGGCUUUCAAUGACAGGCUUGUCCAUUCCUUGACAUUGUCUACAUAGUGUCUACAUAGUGUCUACAUAGUGCCAUUAUGGUGUAUCUGCCUAUACUUCCCUGGAUAUAACUUAUUUGUAUAAACUGUGUUUUUAUCUAGAUCUAGCUUAAAUGAAUAUAUUCACUAUCAAUGCAUACAAUUAUAUAUACAUGCUAUUAUUUAAAUAUUUAUAUUUUAUGUAAUCCACUUGUAUUUCUUGUUUUGAUUUAGAAUUCUAUGACAUGGGAGUUUUUUUAUUUAAAACAAA